UGUUCCAAAAACCGUCGACGGUCUGUCGCAUCGGUGGGUAAUUCGCCGCCGUUGUACGGGUACGAUGCACAUCGUCUAAAAGCGUACGCAAUCUUCAUUGAGUCUCUCCUUCAAAUAGAUAUGCUACAGCCUGCUGAAAUUGUCGAAAGAGUUGAGGGUUUACAGCAUCUAUUGCUGUGGGAGUCUUCCGAGCGUCGUUGCUAUCGGAGGGCUCUUGUUGAGGUGCGGUGUCAUUUCCAUCAGAGUGGGUGUUCGCACCACUGUCAUGUUUAG